AUGGCCAAGUCACACCUUGUGGCUAUAGCCUACACCAUCAUCUUUCUGCUCUUCCAGGCAGUUGUUGGAUUGGAGGGCUCUAACCUCACCUUCCACCUCCUGGCAGGGGAUCCUGACUACGGCUGCACCGCCGACAAGCCAUGCAAGGUCGGAUGCUGUGGCUCCGUGGAUAAAACCACUGGCAAAGGGGUCUGUGGCCUUGGACCUGAUUUCUGUGGCAAAGGCUGCAUCUCGAACUGUGACCGCAAAAGCGAAUGUGAUCCCGGAUGGGGCACAGAUUGGUCUGAUUCUGCGAAAUGUCCUUUGAAUGUCUGUUGCAGCAAGUUUGGCUUCUGCGGUACCACGGCCGACUUCUGCGGAAGCGCUACAGUGACGUCUCCCGAGUGCCCUGGCGGAUCAAGCGCAAUGGCCAAGACCAUUGGAUACUACGAGGCGUGGAACCUGGAGCGACCUUGUGGAACUAUGACGCCCAUGAACAUUCCACUGGGCUACUACACCCACAUCAACUUCGCAUUUGCCCUCAUCAAUCCGAAGACUUUCCACAUUGCCCCCAUGACGGAGCAAACCGAUACUAUGUACAAGUCGGUCACCCAACUGAAGACCCGCCAGCGCGAUCUCAAGGUAUGGAUUGCUAUCGGGGGCUGGGCAAUGAACGACCCAGGUCCGACGCGGACUACCUUCUCGGACCUGGCUGCGUCCAUUGAACACCAAGAUAUCUUCUUCGAGUCUCUGGUUACUUUCCUCGUCAAUAACAAUUUUGACGGCGUGGAUCUUGACUGGGAGUACCCGGUGGCUGAUGACCGCGGGGGAAAGCCAGAGGACUACAAGAACAUGGUCACGCUGAUGAAGAGGCUCAGGGAGAGACUGAACCAGACCGGUCGUCACUAUGGUAUUUCGAUUACCUUGCCGGCUAGCUACUGGUACCUUCGGGGUUUCGACCUGACCAACAUCGAGCCGCAUAUAGACUGGUUCAACGUCAUGACCUACGACAUCCACGGACUGUGGGACAGAAAUGUGACAUCCAUUGGCUCCUACGCCCUAGCCCACACCAACUUGACCGAAAUCAACAUGGGCUUAGAGCUCCUCUGGCGCAAUAACGUCAAUCCGGCCCGCGUCGUCAUGGGUCUCGGUUUCUACGGCCGGUCAUACACCAUGGCCGAUUCAGGCUGCAUGGCAUCCGGAUGUCCGUUCAAGGACCCAGCUCGUCCAGGUCGCUGCACUGGCCAAGAGGGUAUUCUUGCCGGGUACGAAAUCAACGACAUCAUCAAGAAAGGCGGCAAGGUGACGUACGACAAGGAAGCUGCGGUGAAGAUAGUGACCUGGGACAACGACCAGUGGGUGAGCUGGGACGACGCCGAGUCACUCAAGGUAAAGUUGGACUUUGCCAAUAAGCGCUGUCUUGGCGGGACCAUGGUUUGGGCGGUUGACCUGGACGAUGGUACUUUGAUUGGUUCUCUGGGAGAGGCGAUGGGGAAGAAAAAGCAGGAUGUUCCGGAUGAUCUUCCUUCUUAUCCCUCGCAGGGAGAUCUUGGUACUAGUAUUGACAAGCCUGCGUGA